GCGCCUGCUGCCCCGCGCGGUGGUCGCGGCGGUGGUCGUGGCGGCUUCAGAGGCGGCCGUGGUGCCGCGUCUGCUGCUGCUCCCAGCACGCCCCGUGGCGGCGGAGGAGGUGGCAGAGGCGAAGGCACCCCGCGCCCCGCGGAGCCGCCCUCCGGCCCCAUCGAUCCCGACUCGUUCACGCGUCCGGCGCCAGCGGUGCGCACACUCCGUGGCGGACGCCGCAAACUGUGGGAGCCGGCGUAGGUGAGCUGACCCGGGAAGCGCUCUACAGCCACAAAAUGGAGAGAGCGACUGGACACAUUUUCUCACUCGGCAACGACAAGACGGAGAGAGAAGAAGAGAUAACGAGAGCACACGGAUCGCAUCUGGAUGACGGUCGUUGAAUCGAACCGAAUCGACAGACCAAUCAACUCCCCAAAUCAUGAUGGAUUCGCGGCACCUCGCUCACAACUUUCCCCAUUCUCGGACGCAUUGUACGUGCAUCUCGAAGGUCUCGGCAAAGCAUGUUCUGCUCCACCUUUGCGGUCGAAUGGGGGAAGGGCAAAAAGGUCACCAGUCAGUCCUGAUUUUCUCCGUUGCGCGGCUCGAAUCGAUCAUCAGUCAGUCAGUCAGUCAAUGAAGCGGCGGCACGGCGAGCUUCCAUGCACAUGGAUGAAUGGGAGCACGCCUUGCCUCUGCGCUCACGGCCUCUCUGCACGGUGCUACUCCCAGUCAGUCAGUCAGUCAGCCAGUCAGUCCAUCAACAACAACGCCAUCGUCGUCAUCGUCAUCGUCGUCCUUUAUCGGUUUCGCGCAGCCCGACACACGGGCUCUGAAGCCUCAUCGACGCUGCUGCUGUCAAUGCUAGCUGCUGGCCGCCUUUCUGCACUCGUUGAAGUCGCGCCGUCGUCGUUGUCCUCUACUUACUACAUACACAGCACACACACAAACACACACUCAAAAAUGAUAUUUCGCAGAGCAAAGCACACAAACAAACAAGCGAGCGAGCAAGAUUGGGAAGGAUGGAUGAAGAAGAUGGGUGAGAUUGGUGCUCUGCCAUGCUUUACUGCUAGGCAUGGGUACGGGAUGGAGAGGGAGCUGGCUGGCUUGUUUGCACGCUGGUCCAUUGAUUGGUUGGUAAAUUGGUUGGGCUUUUGCGAUUUUGUGGGUGGGCUUGUUAUGUUAGGCUUUGCUGCUGCUGCUGCUGCUGCUGUUGUUGUUGUUGUUGUUGUCGCUGUCGCUAUGUUUGGACUAUCUUUUUCUGCUAAACUCUCCUUUGUCCGCGCGCUGUUUGAUUUGGUUUGCUAUUUUUGACUUUUUGUUUUGGGAAUGCUACUAGCUUAUUGAGAUUGUGACAUGGUUGGCUUGUCUGCCGUCUUUUUUCUCCCUGUCUCUCUAUCU